UCUUCGUCCUUCCCCACGCGGGCCAUGUUCGCCCUUCGUCGCGAGUGGGGGCGUGCGCUCGUGCUUCAGAGCCAAAGCUGCGCCGCCGCGUCCAUGGCCGCCGCGGCCACCGCCGCCUCUCCCAAGAGACCUAGGGUUCCGGCGUUCUCCACCGAGCCCCCAAACCCUAACCCUAGGAGGGUCGGCACCCACAACGGCACCUUCCACUGCGACGAGGCCCUCGGUUGCUUCAUGAUCCGCCUCACUGCUAACUUCUGCGGCGCCGAGAUCGUGCGAACUCGGGACGCCGAGAUGCUAAACACGCUGGAUGCAGUGCUUGAUGUUGGGGGUGUGUAUGAUCCAAGCCGAGAUCGUUACGAUCACCACCAGAAAGGCUUCACUGAGGUCUUUGGCCAUGGUUUCAACACUAAACUUAGCAGUGCCGGCCUGGUGUAUAAGCAUUACGGAAAGGAGAUUAUUGCCAAGGAGCUUGAGCGUGGUGAGGACCACCAAGAUGUGCAGCGCUUAUACAUUGCUGUCUAUAAAAGCUUUAUUGAGGUAAUGAUUUGUAAUGUUUGUGAAGCUUUAUGAUGCUUGAGUUAUUUCCUUUAGUAUAUAA